AUGGAGAGCAUGAGUGGGUUAAGAUGGAGAAAGCAGAAUGGCCUCAAAGCUAUCCAAACAAAAAUAGGCAAAGUUGCAGAGGUUGAGAGGAAGGUGGAGGAAGAUAAUAAUGGAUAUGGAGAAGAGCCGUUGAGUCCGUCGGCGAGGAUGUUUCAUCAGCCCAACUUCAACGUCCACGUCAUAGCAGUCAUGGGGAGCACCUGCACCAUUCAACCCCAAUUAGUCAAGCAAAAUUUAGUGCACACUUUGCUUCGACACCCUCGCUUCACUAGCGUCCUGGUUGAGGAUGAGAAACAUAAAGGGGAAAUGAAAUGGGUGUUAACAAAGGUGGAGUUAGAUGAGCAUAUUGUGAUACCAAAGCUUGAAGAACACAACAAUAAUCUCCUCCUCCGAGAAUCACCAGACAAGUUUGUAGAAGACUACAUUCGAAACCUAAGCAAGACAACCCUCCCCAAAUCAAGACCACUCUGGGACCUCCACCUCCUAAACCUCAAAACCUCCGACGCCGAGGCCGUCGGCAUCUUGAGAAUCCACCACUCCCUAGGCGACGGCGCGUCCCUCAUUUCCCUCCUCCUCGCCUGCACUCGCCAGACCGCCCAUCCCCACAACCUCCCAACCAUUCCCACCAAGAAACGCAGGCCCCCCGUCGCUUCUUCAACUUCCACUUCAACAAUGUGGCCGCCGCCAUGUUUUGUUUCCGUUUGGUGUUUCCUAACGUUGAUGUGGAAUAGCUUGGUGGACGUGUUUAUGUUCGUGGCCACGGCUUUGUUCUUCAAGGAUACAAACACACCAAUCAAAGCCAUGCCCGCCUCUCACUUUAAUCCUCGCCGGGUGGUUUAUCGGACCGUCAGCCUAGAUGAUUUCAAGCUCAUUAAGAACGCCAUGAACAUGACUAUAAAUGACGUUGCAUUGGGAGUUAUCCAGGCUGGCUUGUCAAGCUAUCUCAAUAAGAGAUACGGUGAGGACAAGGAGGACGAGGGAGAGAUGGAGAAAACGAAACACCUCCCCGACAACAUUCGACUUCGAUCAACUCUUCUUAUUAACUUAAGACCAUCUGCUGGAAUUCAGGAAUUAGGCGAAAUGAUGGAGAAGGAGUCAGAAGCAAAAUGGGGAAAUUGUAUAGGUUAUGUAAUACUCCCCUUUAGAAUUGAGUUAAAGGAGAAUCCUUUGGAUUAUCUGAAAGACGCCAAGUCAACUAUUGACCGCAAGAAACGUUCCCUUGAAGCUCUCUACACUUCUUACAUUGCCCAAUUUGUACUCAAGCUUUUAGGCAUUAAGGCAGCAAGCUGCUUAUCGCACAGAGUAAUCGAACACACAACAAUGUGCUUCUCCAACCUGGUUGGUCCUCAGGAGGAAAUCGGUUUCUGUGGUCACCCCAUGGCUUAUCUUGCUCCUUCUUCUUAUGGACAACCCCAUGCACUGAUGAUUAAUUUUCAAAGCUACAUAAACAAGAUGACGAUGGUGUUAUCAGUGGAUGAGAACGUUAUCCCAAAUCCGCACCAGUUGCUGGAUGAUCUUGAAAUGUCUCUUAAGCUCAUUAAAGAUGCUACCCUAGCAAAUUCACUAGUAUAG